CCGCCAUGUGCCAUACUCCGCCGUAAGACAUCUAGCUGUUAUAUACAUCUAUGGUAGCAUCAGCAGCGUGUCUUCAUCGUGUUGAUCAAGUACUAGUUAUCUCCACCAGUCCCGAUCCUGAUCCACCAGUCUGCACGUCUGGAUAAACCUCUGAUGGACUUUCAGCCGCUCACUUUUUUCUGGAUCUUAGCAUGCUAAGCUAUAUAUAAGACCUAGCAUUGGAGCUGGAAGUUAGCAACACGGCGCAAGUCCGAGUUUAACGAAGAAUAACGGUGUUUUUAACGUAGUUCAUCUGGAGGAAACGUGUUUGUGAUUCAGUGAAGAUGUCUAAAGUCCAAAUGCUGAGAUGUUUACUGAAGCAGCGGCUCACUGAGGACGGUGAAGAGAUAUUUGGGCGGUUUGAAAGAGCGAUAGCCGAGUACGAGGAGGAAGCUUCUAGAUUAAACGAGGACAACGAGCGACUAAAGAAACACCUACAUGCUGUUUUCAACCCGCAAGUCCGCAUACAAAGAGCAGACCUUGAGCAGCUGUUUGUGCUUAAAGAGGAGCAGCAGGAGGACCCAGAGGCCCCCCUCAUCAAAGAAGAAGAUGAGGCUGACAUGAAGGUCUCAUUCACUCCUGUGAAGAGUGAAAAUGAUGAAAAGGAAGCUCAGUCCUCACAGCUUCAUCAGAUACAAACUGAACAGAUGGAGACAGAAUAUGAUGGAGAGGACUGUGGAGGACCAGAACCAGGCAGGAACUCUGGUCCAGAUGGGCCUCCAGAACCAGAUAUAGAUGAGGAGACUGGAGACUCAACUGAACCUGAGACUGAGGACAGUGAUGAUUGGAAUGAACCUCAGUCAGGUUUAAACUCUCAUGACUGUUCCGUCAGUAAUUCAAGAUGUAGAACAAGUGAGAUGCCUUUGAUCUUUUCUGGAUGUAAGAAAAUAUUUGGUUGCCUUAAAAAGCCGAACAGACGCAUGAGAACCCACACAUCAGAGAAACCUCUCAGCUGUUCACAGUGUGGUAAAUGUUUCACUGCAAAUGGAGAUCUGGAGAGACACACGAUGACCCACACAUCAGAGAAACGUUUCAGCUGCUCAGAGUGUGGUAAAUGUUUCACUAAUAGUAGAAAUCUAAAGAUACACAUGAGAUGUCACACAGGGGAGAAACCUUUCAGCUGCUCACAGUGCGGUAAAUGUUUCACUUUAAUUGGAAAUCUAAAAACUCACAUGAGAUGUCACACAGGGGAGAAACCGUUCAGCUGCUCAGAGUGUGGCAAAUGUUUUAAUGAGGGUGGAUAUCUAAAAACUCACAUGAGAUUUCAUACAGGGGAGAAACCUUUCAGCUGCUUAGAGUGUGGUAAAUGUUUCACUGGAAGUGGACAUCUGAAAAGACACAUGAGAUGUCACAGUGGAGAGAAACCUUUCAGCUGCACAGAGUGUGGUAAAUGUUUCACUAGAUGUGAACAUCUGAAGGCACACAUGAGAUGUCACACAGGUGAGAAACCUUUCAGCUGCUCAGAGUGUGGUAAAUGUUUCACUAAUAGUGGAAAUCUAAAGAUACACAUGAGAUGUCACACAGGGGAGAAACCUUUCAGCUGCUCAGUGUGUGGUACAUUUUUCACUGCAAGUGGAGAUCUUAAGAAACACAUGAGAUGUCACACAGGGGAGAAACCGUUCAGCUGCUCAGUUUGUGGUAGAUUUUUCAGUCAAGGUGGAAGUCUGAAGACCCAUAAAUGUAGAAAUCUAAAAAUCCCAAUCAAACCUUUCCUUGUUACAUCAGGGUUAUCCACUUGAGUUGUAAAUACCCCCAGCAGAACUAUUAAGAAGAACAGCUAUUUACAGCUCAACCUUCUGCACUGGCUCUGGUUUCUCCCCUCCUCGUCGGCACACAAGGUACUGAUCAUUGGCCCGGCCGGCUUACUGUGCCAACAACACCGCUGCAUAUCUAUUUUACUGGUGCGCCCAUCGACCGGCUGCUGAAAAUCGAUCUUUCGAUCGAUCUUUCUUUUCCUUCUCUCUAGGGUUUUUUCAUUUUUUGGGGUAGGCUUUGGGUCAGAGGAUGUUGUGUAAACACUUUUUGGCAAGGCAAAUUUAUUUGUAUAGCGCUUUUCAUACACAAGGCAGACUCAAAGUGCUUCACAUAACAUGUCAUACAAUAAAGUGAAGUAUUUUUUUUUAAAAUCUCUUUUAAAAAUAUAAUUGGUUAUUUUGGGUUUUCAAAUAAAAUUAAUAAAAUUUAAUCAAAGUCUCUUCUGGCAGAUAGUGAGUGAAUUCAUAGGGUCGCUAUUUACGUCCUGUGAAUCUGUGUUACUGCAGGCUAUUAUUAUGAACGUUUUACUGCGUUUUUGUAGAUUUUUGUUUUCCAUGUUAUGGUGCAGAUUUUAAGAAAAAUACCAGAAGGCCUUUAUUGUGUUUAUGCAUUGACUUAUUCAUCUUUCUUUAUAUUGUUUUCAAUGUUUUUUGUGAAAUGUAGUGUUAUGAUUUAAGUCCAACGUUUUCCUGGUUAUUUAAAUAUUCAUUGUCUAUUAAUCUACAUUUUGAGCUGAGUUCAUGUUUGUAUAUCAAAGUAAUGUAUCUUCAGAAAUAAAACAAGAAUAGAAUCUGUCAAUUUUAAUUGAGCGAACAGAGGCUCUGUAAAAGAUAUGAAGGCAAUGAAUGAAUUUUAUUUUGCUGACGUGAAUAAAUGUUGGAUAACAAUUGAGUUAUCUUGUGCCAUUUCCCACCUACAUAUAUUACAUAUGUAAUAAAUUAUAGACUGCAGAAAUGUAUUUUACAUAAAAAAUAUAUGAGGGCUUUUAUUUUAUAAGUUACCCCACCAAGGUGCAGCAGAAUCUACAAUUACGGUAGAAAUGGUUGAAAUGCUGCAUGAUGUAAUGAGAAAGCAUCUACUGUACUAUUUUCCAUGAACACAUGAUUCUCAACCUGUAAAGUGAAUGCUACAGGUGGUCU